UUACAUUUUCACUAGGAUUUUCUUUUUCUUUGGAUUAUUGUUAUUGUCAUUUUCAUUUUUCUAUGCCACCUGUUCCAUCCAUUUAUUUUAUUUUUCCUCUAGAUUACUGCAGGAAAUGAGAGAUGUGUGGUUAGGUUAGAUGAGCAAUUAGGGGUUAGGUGUCUUGCUCAGGGACGCUUCAACAUGGGACAUGGAGCAGCUGCGGCUCAAACCGCUGACCUUGCGGUUCCCGGCGAGCGCAAGUGUCGGACUUUGUUCCGAGCCGCGUUGGUUCCUCUUCAACCUCCCCAACGGUGACGCCCCAUCUGAUGCUGGCUGUGGGCACAGCUGUGAUUGGCUCUCUGCAGUUUGGCUACAACACUGGUGUCAUCAACGCUCCUCAGAAUAUCAUUGAGAGCUUCUACAAUGAGACGUGGAGCAGCAGGUUUUCGGAGCCCAUUUCUCAAGGAACACUUACAGGUCUGUGGUCACUCUCUGUGGCCAUCUUCUCUGUGGGAGGAAUGUUCGGCUCCUCCUCUGUUGGCUUCUUCGUCAACCGCUUCGGCAGGAAGAACUCCAUGCUCAUGGCCAACGUGCUGGUCUUCAUUGCUGCUGCGUUUAUGGGCUUCUCCAAGCUGGCUGCUUCCUUUGAGAUGCUGAUCAUUGGUCGCUUCAUAGUGGGUCUCUACUCCGGCCUCAGCACAGGCUUUGUGCCCAUAUAUGUAGAGGAAAUCUCACCCACAUCUCUCCGCGGAGCAUUAGGAACUCUGCAUCAACUUGGGGUCGUGAUUGGCAUUCUCAUGGCACAGAUCUUUGGGAUGGAAUCCAUCAUGGGCAACGCCUCCCUGUGGCCCCUCCUGCUGGCUUUCACUCUGCUGCCAGCGGUGCUGCAGUGUGUUCUGCUGCCCCUCUGCCCCGAGAGCCCCCGGUACCUUCUCAUCAACCGCAACGAGGAGAGCAAGGCCCGCAGCAUCCUGGUGAAGCUCCGUGGCACUGACAAUGUGGCCGAAGACAUGCAGGAGAUGAAGGAGGAGAGCCAGCAGAUGAUGAGGGAGAAGACGGUGACCAUCCCCGAGCUCUUCCGCUCCCCCGUGUACCGCCAGCCGAUCUUUGUGGCCGUCAUGAUGCAGCUGUCACAGCAGCUGUCUGGAAUCAACGCUGUGUUUUACUACUCGACUAGGAUCUUUGAGCGAGCAGGCGUGUCCCAGCCUGUCUACGCAACUAUUGGUGCAGGAGUGGUCAACACUGCGUUCACGGUGGUCUCUCUUUUUGUGGUGGAGCGUGUGGGCAGGAGACCCCUUCACCUCACCGGUUUGAUGGGAAUGGCUGUUUCUGCUGUUCUUCUAACCGUUGCCAUGGCGUUGUUGGACCAGCUCAGAUGGAUGUCCUAUAUCAGCAUUGUGGCCAUCUUCAGUUUUGUAGCCUUUUUUGAGAUUGGCCCCGGCCCCAUUCCCUGGUUCAUCGUGGCCGAGCUCUUCAGCCAGGGGCCCCGGCCUGCUGCCAUCGCCGUUGCUGGUUUCUCAAAUUGGUCGGCCAACUUUUUAGUAGGAAUGUGCUUCCCGUAUGUUGAGCAAGUCUGUGGCCCGUACGUCUUCGUCAUCUUCACCAUCCUGCUGAUCGGCUUCUUCACCUUCACCUACUUCAAGGUUCCAGAGACUAAGGGUCUCACCUUCGAUGAGAUUUCAGCGGGUUUCCGCCGGUCAGCUGGUCAGGGUGCUGACAAGUACUCGGCCCCUGAAGAGUUCAACACCCUCAGGGGGGACGACCCUGACCUUUGAGCAACUGCUGUACAAUCACAUCUGGCGUGCAGCAAAGUUACCUGUUACACUUUAAGGACACUGCUGUUGUGUUUCAAACAUCCAAUAAAACUAAUGUUAGGGCCGUUUCAUUCGAGCUUUAGUCUUCAUACAGACAGUUAUAAAGACGGAUGGCCUGACUGAUGACUUCCUUGGUUCCCAUGGGCUCCGUCUGUGACAUCACACUUUAAAGGAAGUGAGAGGUUGAGCUGCAGCAGUGGGGAUUGGACUCACAGUCAUGCAUCACUGUGCACCACUGAACUCAGCAAACCCAUAACUGUAUCAUUUCAUUUACUAUGUCAAUUGUUUUAUCAUUAUUUUUGAUCGUCACAAUAGCUGAAUCUUGAGUGAGAAAGUCAGACUGUAAAUUGUAGCCUUUGUAUGUGUACUUAUAACUAAUGAACCUACUGAAGUCAGUAUCUAACUUUUACAUAAUAUAUUCACAAUUACAUUGAUAUAAUUAUUGUACUUAUUGUAUUAUACAAGUAAUGUCCCAUACGUACCAAUAGAUAUCUAAAGACAGGACCCUAUUUAAAACAAAAGUAAAAUGAAACACUGGAAUUGUGUGUCUAUUCUUUUUUUUCAGCUGUAUUCAAAAGGUUUUCAACUACAAUAAAACAUUUUAUUCACACAGAUCAACAAAUAGCAAUUAAUUUAGAUGGAUUACAAAGUUUCUAGAUUCCAGUCAACACAUUGUGUCUGAGAGAGAUAACAGCAGGAGGAUUUUUUUUUAUUACAGAAUAAAUGAAGUGUGCAGUGAUUUGUGAUGAAAUGCUUGUGUUCUAAACUGAACAGCGUUUAAAAAAAAAAAGGAUAUGACAAAGAUUUGCUGAUAACAAUCACCUUUUAUGAUAACGGAGAGAACACGGCCCUUUGGAUGCACGUUUAAACUGUAGUUCAACGAUUAAAGGACAGCAGACGUGAACGUAAAAAGAAGAAACACAUUACCGGAUUUAGUUUUUGUUUUGUAAGGAUAUUUAAAUUAAUGUCAUAUUGUAAAACAAAAAUACUUUGUUUCAAUAUUGUUUGUCUUUUUUAAAUGUUCUCAUUGUCAAGUUAAACUCAGCACUACCGUGUUGAUUAAGUCUAAAACUUCAGGAAAAUACAUGUUGCGAGAAUAAUGUGGAAAGUAUGUCAUUUGAGAGAAACACAAUAUUAAAUAAAUACAUGUAAUAUCAUA